AGCUACCUAAGGUAUACAGGUAGAAGCUAUGUGAUUCAAGAAGCGGGACAACAGCGGCUAAGAGCUAUGCGGAGAAGCUUGGAGAGCUCUUGUCGGCAGUGCGAUCGGCGUCACAUUGGCUGUCAACAGGAAUCCCCCUAUGCAACCUUCCGUCUUCGAUACCUGCCGACCUAACCCACCUACCUCCAAUAUAAGUAUUCACAAAUUAUCGUUAAGCCUCACCCCGCUUCAUCUUCACCUCCGCUACCCUACCCGAGGUCUCCCGUCUUAUUUCCGUAAUUAGGUACCUAUAACACGGGAUAGAGUUUCGGUUACCUCAGGUACCUCGUAUAUAAAAUUGCAACAUCCCCAGGUUAUCUUUGACUAUUAUAGAAUUGAUAUUGAUUCAAACAAUCUGCGAAUAGCCAGCUAUACUAACAAGCCAUGCCUCACAAAGAAGAAGAACAGACCGAAUUCACCCCAGAACUAUACCCGCCCUUCCCGUCGGACGUACCUCAGAUCUCACUGGAGACAAUAGCUUUAACUAAGCUCCUCAAUGGCGACUCCGCCGAGCAGGGUCGCGUGUUUGAUGCCUGUGUCGGGCGCGGCUUUUUCUACUUAGAACUGGACGGCUGUGCUGAGGGCGAUGUCAUCCGCCGAGGUGCCGAACAGAUUGCGUCGGUGGGAGAACGCGUCUUCCGGUUACCGUUAGCCGAAAAGAUGGACUAUAAGAUGGGAAAGUCAUUAUUCGGUUACAAAUAUGCCGGCGCGACUGUUACGGAUACGGCCGGAACUCCAGAUACGGCCGAAUUCUUCAACGUCGGAAAGAAUGACAUGAUUGUGCCAAACGACCGUAUGCUCCGUCCUUGGCCGCCCGCCGUCCUAGACGCGAAGCUCCUCUUCGCUGAGUACGUCAAAACCGCACAUUCUAUCGGACUUAUGAUCCUGAAGAUCCUUGCGGAGAAGCUCGGCAUCGAUCCGUCUGAGAUGGCAAAACGCCACAGAAUAGAAAAGCUCUCAGGUGACCAUGUUCGCAUCACAAGGGGUCCGCCCCGGGAAAAAGAUGAGAUGCCCGAGAUCCAGACCCCCUCACAUACCGACUUCGGAACGAUCACUAUUUUAAUGAAUUGGCUUGGCGGACUACAGGUCUGGUCCGAGUCGGCGAGGAAAGCUCAACUUAACACUUUCCAGCCAGAUGUACCCGGCGAAUGGCUCUGGGUCAACCCGAAAAGAGGUUGCGCCAUCAUUAACCUAGGCGAUGCCGCCGUCCGAUUCACCAACGGCAUAUUAUGUUCGGGGCGUCAUCGAGUAAUCCCGUCUCCUGGAGCCCAAGGCCGAUUUCCUCGAUAUAGCAUCGUAUAUUUCGUUCGGCCGGAAGACAAAUGUGUAAUGAAACCAAUUCAAGGAAGAGAUGUUCCCGAGGGAAAGGAAAGCGAGGACGAAGAGAUUACUGCCCAUCAGUGGAUAUACCAGAAGUCGCAGGGGUUGGGAAACCGCUUCAAUAACUAAUGAGAGCAGGGAUAUAUGCGAGUCCUAAUGACUUGCCCUCGUUUUACCAGCGUUUAUAUGAGACAUCGUGAAGGAGGGCACUUAGCUACGUAUGGUUAACGUAGACGUCGCAGGCGAAAUAUUGGUCAGCAAUAAAUUAAGUAUGCAGUCAUUACCGGCUGUGGUGGAAUACA